CAUCAAUCAAUAUCAAGAGAGAAGAAUUGCACAUAAUAUAUAUCAGCAACUGAUGGCCUUGCAGUGGGUAAUUCUAGCAUACAUCGUCGCGGUUGAGGCUGCCGUCGCUAUUCUCCUGACCCUCCCGUCACCGAAGCCUCUCCGAUCGCGGAUCGUCUCUCUCGUAUCUCUAACCCUUCAGCCUUUACUCUUUAUCGUCCCCUUCGACGCUUUCCAGCUCCUUGAUAUCUAUUGGAAGAAUGAGCAUCGUUUGAUGUGCACCGGUGAGGUCUGUACUGCAGCUGAGAGAGAUCGCUAUGAGAAAUCGAUAUACAAGGCUCAAAGGAAUGGCAUCCUUUGUGUGGCAGGAUGCCUUCUCUACUGGUGCAUCUAUAGAAUCUGCAAGUACCACUAGGACAUCCAAAGAAUGGAGGACACGGAAAAGAAAAACAAGGCCCACUAACCUCACUCUGCCUUAGCCCUGACCAGAUCUUCUGCUUUAUGUUUUACAAUUGCAGUAUGUUUGUAUGAUGACAUGUUUCUGUUGUUAUCUUUUCUAUUAUUUUUACUAAGACUAAAAGUCUCUACACUUAUACUCCAAGGCGCCAACUGCAAUCAUGAGUAUGCCAUUUCGUAAACGGGAAUUACUAAUGUCUGCAUCACAAGCUUGUAAUAUGUUGUUUUAAAUUCGGGAAAAGGUUCAAAUAUACUAUUAUAUUCCUUAA